AGAAAUGUUACAUUAAAAUUUUUAGACAUUGCCACCAACCACUAACAAUGUCCGACCAAAUACCUCUCGAAAUUGUCUCCAAAAUUAUCAGCCGAUGUGAAGCAGCUGCUCUUGGUCGUUGCCGGUGCGUCUCCAAGCAAUGGCGAGCCCUAAUCGGCAGUCCCCAUUUCAUCAAACAACACUUGGAAUAUGCCACCAGAGCCAACUUCAGUAGCGUGUUCUUCAAGCAGCAGUCAUCUCUCGUUCAAGCUUCCAUGGACAGUACGGCUACGUUUUCUGUUCCCAUUACUGAUGAGGUUAAGCCAUUUUUCAUAGUAGGAACUUGUAGUGGUCUGCUUUUGCUACGUAAGAAUCAAACUCAUGAUUUUUGCAUUUUAAACCCUACCACUAACCAACAUGUUUACCUUAAGAAACUAUUGCCUAGUGAUUUUCUUUCCCAAGCUACUGCUGUCUUUUUAGGUUUUGGGUUUGGGUAUGAUAGUGGUAAGGAUGAUUACAAGGUUAUUAGGAUUGCCCAGGAGUUUAAUCCUGCUACAAUGGGUUACUUAAGAACUGAGAUGGUUAUCUCUAGUGUCAAAAAGAAAGCCUUGAAAUUUGUCAAAAUGCCUUACUUUAUACAGACCACAUUGGGUUUUUUCUCUGAUGGAGCUUUACAUUGGCUGAUGGGGAAGUAUAAUCAUGAGAAUUUGAGGUUGAUUGUGGGUUAUGAUCUCGCAACGGGUGAGUUUCGCGAGUUGCCUCUGCCCGAUUUUAGGAAAGAUGCUGAGGAUUUUAAAUGUAAAGGCAAUGUUACUGUCGAUUGUAGUAUGGGUGUUGGCCAAUUAGGAAAAUGGAUAUCCCUUUGUGCUAACUAUGGAGAGAGUAUGGGUGUGAGUAUUUGGGCUAUGAAAGAAUACGGGGUUAAGGAAUCUUGGACUAAGCUUUUUUCAAUUUCCCUUGCUAAAUUGCCCUCUGCUAUCAUUAAGCCUCUUGGUUUAAUGGAAAAUGGCAACUUGGUUUUACUGGAACUGAAUAAUGCACCACUUGUUUGGUAUGACAGAAAAGAGAAAAAAGUUAGAACUCUUAUGCAGAACAAAAGUGGAGAAGCUAUGAUCUGUUUGACAACCAUUGCCCCUGUUCCAUCUACUAAGAAUGGGAAAAAGGGAGACAAGAACUCAUCUUCUGGUAAUCCAAAGAAAACAGCAAGGAAGAAGAACAGGGAUGACUUUCUAUCAAAAGGUUUCAAGAUUAAACUAUAGUGCAAGAAAGCUAUAUUAUGGUCAUGGACGUAAACAGGUUUUGGAAGUGAUGAGAUGACUCUUUUUGGUGGUGCAAGCUACUUUUAUAUUUUGUAGAGGGCAAAGUAUAUAAAUAUUUUAGAGACAUGUCAGGAUAGUUUGAUGCUCUUUUAAGGUUGUCUGAUAUGCUACUUUUAGGUUAAUUACUGACCAAUUAAGAUAUUAUCAGUAUUAUUAAUGAUAUUACGUGUUUAUCUUAGAUCUCCAUUAAUU